CGUGUACGUCGCAGGAGAACAGCACAUUCUGGUGAUACCACGUUGAACUAACAUGCGUCUGCAGUUUGUUUCUGUCAGUUGAGGAAGGUGGGUGUUUGGUUUUUGUUUGUGGUCGUGAUUACUGGAAGACUGAGAAGUGUCAAAAUAUUCUUUUCAAGAAUGAGACGUAACGUGAAAUUGUUAUUGUUGUUCUCAAUGGCAUGGAUGUUCGUCAUCGUGUAUUACCUUCAGGUUUCUAGAGAAGGCAAGAUGCCUGAGGAGAAUCGCGCACUGCGCCUCAAGGAGUCAGUCACAGCCACCCUGGAGGACGCGCUGCCAGCAGCCGUGUCACUGCCACAAGCAUCAGUAGCAGCCACUGACACAGACCCCAGAGUCAGUUGGAAUUACUUUGACGAGAGGGGCUACGUUGAGCGGGGCGGACUGAAGACAGGGGAGGAUCCGUAUCUGAGGAACAAGUUCAACCAGCAGGCCAGCGACAAGUUGCCUAGCAAUAGGGCCAUCCCAGAUGAGAGGAGCCCCAUGUGCCGGAAACGAAAAUGGAGGACGGACCUUCCGGCGACGAGCGUCAUCAUCACGUACCACAACGAAGCGAGAUCCACGCUCCUCAGAACAGUCCCAUGGCAACUGCUUCCUUCGCAACACAUGAUUGAUUGCAUGGCUGCGGUUCCUUACUUUCAGGGUGCCGGAAACGAAAAUGGAGGACGGACCUUCCGGCGACGAGCGUCAUCAUCACGUACCACAACGAAGCGAGAUCCACGCUCCUCAGAACAGUCGUUAGCAUCAGAUGGUUUGGAGCUGGCAAAGAUACAGAAGGUGAAAGUCAUAAGGAACAGCAAGAGAGAAGGUCUGAUGCGCUCCCGAGUGCGAGGAGCAGAUGCAGCAACAGCUCCAGUACUUACUUUCCUGGACAGCCACUGUGAAUGCAAUGUUGGCUGGCUGGAGCCGCUGCUGGAGCGUGUAGCAGAGGACAAGACUCGUGUUGUGUCUCCAGUUAUUGAUGUGAUAAGCAUGGACACCUUCGAGUACAUUGGAGCUUCAGCAGACUUGAGGGGUGGUUUUGAUUGGAAUCUUGUUUUUAAGUGGGAGUAUCUAAGUGGGGAGGAGAGGGCACAACGCAAGAAGGAUCCAACAGCAGCAAUCAGGACACCAAUGAUUGCAGGCGGUCUGUUUGUGAUUGACAAGCUGUACUUUGAGAAGCUCGGGAAGUACGAUAUGAUGAUGGAUGUCUGGGGAGGUGAAAAUCUUGAGAUCUCAUUCCGGGUAUGGCAGUGUGGUGGAAGUUUGGAGAUCAUCCCUUGCAGUCGUGUGGGGCAUGUGUUCAGAAAGAGACAUCCAUACACAUUCCCUGGAGGAAGUGGAAAUGUAUUUGCUCGCAACACACGUCGUGCUGCUGAAGUUUGGAUGGAUGAGUACAAAGAGUAUUACUAUGCAGCUGUGCCUCUAGCAAAACACAUUCCAUUUGGCAAUAUUGAUGACCGACUGGCACUGAAGAAACGCCUGCACUGCAAGUCAUUCAAGUGGUACUUGGACAAUGUGUAUCCACAACUGAAGCAGCUCAAGAUGCCUGCCUCAUCUGUGAUGAUGAGUGUGAUGCGACAGGGAAACAUGUGUCUUGAUACAUUGGGACAUCUGGUGGACAAUACACUGGGUAUUUUCCUGUGCCACAACAGUGGUGGCAACCAGGAAUGGUGGUUAACAAAUAACCACAUCAAACACCAUGACGUGUGCCUCUCAUUAUCUGAGCAACAGGUUGGAACACCGCUGAUGAUGAGAUUCUGUGACAAUUCAGAUAAUCAGAAGUGGCACCAGGUAGAGACAGAUGGCUUGGUGAAGCACAUUCGACUGAGUUUGUGCAUUGACUCUAAAGACUACAAGACUCGAGGUUUGACAGUUGAGCGAUGUGAUUCCAACUCUCCGUCCCAACGUUGGAGUUUUGCGGUGAAGAAAUUGUGAUGAUCUGUCAGAUAAUGUACUUGUACAUAACCUUACAUAAACUGGCCAAUCACAGCCAGCUUUGCAUUUAUUAUGGCAUACUGUAA